CCGUUUCCGCCCCUCGAAUGGUACCACCGCCACUACUCCGGACCCAACACUCCUCCCGUCUACUCCUGACCUUAUUCUCAGUAGCGUCCCAAUAUGUGCCCAACCUCUCUCGUGUCGUCCGCGGCGACGCCGACGACCCCUCCAGGCUGCAUACCUGGGCCAAACGAGCCACGACACUCGACCAUAGUAGUGUCGAGUUCAUCGUCUUCGCAACCCUUAUACCUAUCCUCGUCUUACUAUCUGGUGUAUUUGCCGGUUUGACUCUAGGCUAUAUGAGUUUAGACGAAACGCAGCUCAAUGUACUUAGCCUGAGCGGUACUCCUGAGCAAAAGAAGUACGCGGAGAAAAUCAUGCCAAUCCGCAAAAACGGUCACCUACUGCUGGUCACUUUGCUUCUUGCAAACAUGAUUGUCAACGAAACGCUUCCUGUCAUCUCCGACCCCAUUUUGGGUGGUGGUCCGCAGAGUGUUGUCGUCAGUACAGUGCUUAUCGUUAUCUUCUCGGAGAUUAUCCCGCAAUCUCUCUGUACUCGCCAUGGUCUUUACCUCGGUGCGAAAAUGGCGGGAUUCACCAAGGUGUUGAUCUUCGCUUUGGGUAUUGUAUCCUGGCCUGUAGCCAAAUUUCUUGAAUUUGUACUUGGCUCUCAUCAUGGUAUCAUCUAUCGGAGAGCAGAGUUAAAGGAACUUAUUGCCAUGCAUUCUGCCAUGUCUGCACACGGCGGCGAUCUCAAGACAGACACGGUCACGAUCAUCGGAGCCACGCUCGAUCUUCAAGAGAAGGUCGUCAGUCAGGCCAUGACACAAAUCGACGACGUCUUCAUGCUAUCCAUUGAUGCUCGCCUUGACUAUGAACUUUUGAAGAAAACAUGUCAAACAGGUCACAGUCGCGUCCCAGUCUACGAAGAGGUCGAGAUCGCGAUGGAUUAUACCGGCCGUAAGCAGAAGGUGAAGAAGAUUCUCGGUGUCUUGCUCGUCAAGCACUGCGUUCUUCUGGACCCGAAAGAUGCGACCCCUCUUCGUAACUUGCCUCUUAACCGGAUCAUGUUUGUACCCAACAACGAGUCUCUUCUUGGCAUCCUCGAUAGAUUCCAAGAGGGUCGAUCGCACAUGGCCAUCGUCUCUCGCUACAGCGAGGAGAAGGCUGCUUCGGUAAAGAAAGUCGUCAAACGUACUCUUACCCAACGUCUCCGCGAACGGGUCGGGCUCGAUUCAGACUCUUCGAGUGAUGAAGAUGAAGCCACCGAGUAUACGGAAGGGGAUGCCGAUAAUAAAUCCAUCAAGGGGAGAGAGGUAACUUUUGCUGAACCUAUGGGGAAUGGAAUCGGAGACCCUCAGCGCAACGAUGGGGUUGUCGAGCACGAUUACGCUCACGGACCUAGACGUACAAAUAGCGCGCGAGGCCGAGGGCGUGGGCGUCCCCGUGUUCGUGCCCAGCGCCAACCCGACCUUGAGAUGGGUGUAAUGAAACCCAUUAAAGGUCCCGCUGAACAAUCAAUGCCUGCUGACGCAGUUCUCGCUAAGAAAGGCGCAGAGCAGCUCCUACAGACUAUUGACCCUGCCAUCAACCCUCUGGGCAUCAUCACUCUCGAAGACGUACUGGAAGAACUCAUCGGUGAAGAGAUCUAUGACGAAUUUGACUCCGAGGGAGCAGGUUCUGUGUCGUCUUUUGUCCCUAAACCCGAGCCUAAAGCUAAACUACCUCCUUCGAACUCCACGCCUAACUUGACGUCAACUGGCCAAGAAAAGGAGAUACCCGCACCUUCUCCUAGCGCGAGGUCCUUCGGCACUCCACUUCUUCGACCCAUCGCGCUCAAGAGCAAGAAUUUCGGCCAAGGUUUCGGCUUCCUCUCGCGGUCAACUAGUGCGCCCCCCACUCCUCGCGAUGAACAUCCCCGUGGCCGUACCUUGGAGAAAGCUGGACAGGAUAUCGCUGAGGCUAAAGAGAGCGAGCAGAAAGAAGUGCCUGUCGUCGCCGAGUCUAUUCCGGAAGCUCCUCCUAGCCCUACGGCCGGCUUUCCUGACACUUCACCCGAUUCUCCCAUGGAAACUGACGAUAAUCUAAGCACACCUGAGCGCGUGAAGAAGGCUUCUUUCAGUGGUCGUAUUCCCGGAACUGCCAGCACUCCCGCGUCUCGCAGCGUAUCCCCGGCGCCUUCUCUCGAAGCUUAUCUCUAUGGUCGGAAACGCGGCAUGAGAGAAGGUGCUACACCGUCACCUGCCCCUGUCCCUGUUCCGAGCAGUCUCGCGUUUACCCCCAUGACGGAAGGUGCUCGAGAGCUGCGUGCACCGGUGCCGAGGCCUCCCAGUUCCAAGGGUAGCAAGUUCAAGAGCAGUCCGCUAACUUCGAGCGACCCUACCACUCUGCUCACCGAGGAUGCGGGUGCAACAUCUUUGAAUGAGACCCAUGGUGAGCGGAUGCCCGAUAAACCAGAAGCAGAUACGCCAGAUCGGAAGGAGCAUGAUGCUGGAUACUUAUAACAGCGACAGUGAGGGCAGUGGCCCUACUCAGCUGAUUUUUCUGCUUUGGUCGAAACCUUCUCAUGUCUAGCGCACGAGAGUUAUGCCCCAUUUUCAAUACCACUACUUCGUUCGUGUAUUACUCUGAAAUCAAUACGUAGAACUUCAGCUUCAGCUUGAACCCC